AUGGCUUCAGGAAUUGAAGAUGAGCAACAGGGGGCUUGGUACUUUGGAUCGAAUUCAUACGUUCCUGAGUGUAGUUCUGAAUCCGAAGAAGAGCCACAGAAUGUGGAACAAAUAGGACCACAGCAACAAAUUCAGUAUAAGCGAAGACUCACGAAUGAGUUAAGGCAACUUAUUUUGCAAGACUUGUUGUCACUAAAGGUUAGUGACUCACUUCCUCAUAGUACAUUCAAACGCAUAGCUCAAAAAUACGGCUACACACAUAGAACCAUCCGAAAUUUAUGGAAACGAGCAAUACAAACCAAGGAAGCAAACAAACCAUACAAUGUGGAAUCCAAAUUCAAAAAUUGUGGAAGAAAAACAGUCGUCAUACCACCAAACUUACUUGAGUCUAGACCCAUUGGCGAACGCACUUGCAUUAGAGAUGUUGCAACAUGUUUAGAUUUGGCACCGUUAACGGUGUGGAGGUUGAUAAAAAGAGGCGAGAUAAAGGCUCAUUCAAAUCCAUUACACCCGGCUUUAACCGAUGCCAACAAAAUAAGGAGGGUGGAGUGGAUUUUGAGCCUUAUCCAAGAAGACACAAUUCAAAGACACCCGAUUUACAAAGGAAUGUACGAUUAUAUUCACAUUGACGAGAAGUGGUUUUAUUUAACCAAGAAAACGCAAAGGGUUUAUUUAGCACACAAAGAAAAGGUCCUAUAUAGGGCAGCGAAGUCAUCAAAGUUCAUACCUAAGGCCAUGUUCUUAGGAGCCGUUGCUAGGCCUAGAUGGAAUCGUUUUGGUCAAUGCACGUUUGAUGGGAAAAUUGGAAUUUUCCCUUUUAUUAAUAUGGUGCCAGCACAAAGAGAUUCAAAGAAUCAACCAAGGGGUUCAAUUGAAAUUAAACAACCGAAUCAGUUAAUCAAGAAGUUUAUAGGAGCAAGGGGGUUUAACUUUACUCAACAACCUCCAAAUAGUCCAGAUUGUAAUAUUCUAGACUUGGGUUUCUUUAGGAGCAUGCAAUCACUUAUGCAUAAAAAGAUGCCAAAAAACAUUACAGAAUUAAUCACAGCAGUUGAGGAUGCAUUCGGAGAAUUACAUCCAAAGACCUUAACUAAUGUGUGGAUCUCAUUACAACACCAUUUAAAUGAGAUUUUAAAAGUUAAGGGGUCUAAUGACUACAUACAACCCCACUUUGGAAAGAAGGUUGAAGAAGACAAUGGCAGGUUAAGGAUUCAAGUGAGAAUCCCAACACAAUUGGUUAGAGAAGCUGUAGCUUUUCUUAACCCAAACACGGAUCAGCAACAAACACAAGCAUUAACAGAAUAUGAGGAUGCUGCACGAACAACAGAGAUCAUUCAAGAAGCUUAUGAUCAGGCAGUUAAAGAAACUCAAGGAUGA